GGAACCUACUUAAGGACGAGGAACGUCGCCCUGGUCUCAGUCUAAGGGGAGAGGCCGAGUGAGAAGUAGCCUUUCGGAAGGACUAUCCAGAUAGCACCAUGACCUCUCAAGGAGCGUUCCUCGCCAUUCUGCUGGUGUCGACAGCCGCCCUCUGCCAAGCCGAAGAGGUGGCCAAGGACACGAACGAACGCUUAGCCACGACGACGAACGGCAACGUUAUACUCGGCACGGAAUUAUUAGUGUACGGUGGUAUAAUCGUGAUGAUCGUCCUUGGCCUCAUCGGUGUCAUCGGUCUCUUUAUUCCGAAGGAGGAGGAAUUCGCUACUGGUUACUACGCGCCGUCGGCCUAUGCCGCCCCAGCCCCCGUUUACCACGAACAGGAACCGAGCUCAUACUCCUCCUACUCCGUUCACCGUUCGCUGGAAGAAGCUGCUGACAAGUAUCAGUAGAAAUUGGAGACAAGGGAAGGAUGAAUGCAGAUGAGGAAGAGGAAGAAGAAGGAAGAAGAUGAAGGGGAGAGAGAAGGUGAAGAAAGAUGGAAAAAAGGGUAAAAGUUACUGAAAACUAUCAGUAGAAACCGAAGAGGAGGAAGGAGAAGGAAGAAGAAAGACGCAAAAGAGAGAAAAGAAGAGAUCAAGAUGAAGAAUGAUGAAUAGAUAGUAGAAACCGAAGACGAGGAAGGAAACAGUAUAAGAAGAGGAAUGAAACGAAGAAAAAAAGAAAAGGGAAUGAUAAGCAAAAAAA